AUCAAGAUUGAUAAGCAAAAUAUUGUUACUGAUAAACGUGAUAUCAUUCUACGGUCGACAUAUACUAAUUAUAGUAUUAACUGUUUAUCUAGCAUGUUUUGUGUGUACUUUAUGUUAAUUUUGAGUACUUUGUUUUUGGUUAUUUUGUUUGUGUUCAGAUUUUGUAUUCACUAGUAGGUAAUUAAAAUACACAAAUAAUAAUAAUAUAAUGAAGCGUCGUACGUUAAAUAUGGUUCAAAUGGCUGAAAAAAAUGAAACAAUCUCCCAUUCUAGUAAGAAGUGUAAUAAGUUCUAGGAAACGAAAUCAAAAUUCUUUAAAAAUAAGAAAUGUCACUUAUGAAUAUUAUUUCAAUCAUGAUGGAAGACCUAAAAAGUGCUGCAAAAAAUGUUUUCUGACUACAUUACAUGAAAAUGAGAAGUUUGUCCGUACAGCUAUUGAAAAUAAAAAUUGUAGUCCAUCUGGUAUUACCAAGUUAGAUGGUCGUGGAAAAAGAUGUCCUGUUAACAAAACUACAGAAUGUUUUUUCUGUUUUAAUCUUAAAAAAUUUAUUUUAAUUUUAAAUGUUCAAAAACAUAUUUCAACAUUCCCAACAUAUGAAAGUCACUAUACUCGCCGUACUAAUGAUACAAAGUAUUUACCAUCACAUUUAAAUCUUACUUUGAUGUACAAAUUAUACCGUUCUGAGACUGAAAAACCAGUUAGUAAAUCAAUUUAUGAAAGGGAAUUCAAGAAAACAAAAUUAAAAUUUAAGUUGAGAAAAGCGGACACUUGUCAUAAAUGUGAUGUUUUUAAAAUGAAGAUUGAAAUGGAAACUAAUGAUGAAAACAAAAAAAAAUUGAUUGAAGAUCGUGAUCACCAUGUAAAAAAUGCUGAUGAUGCAUAUAAUACUAAAAAAAUUGACAAAGAUAAAUCUAAAUUAGACCCUUCAAUCCUUUGUCUAACUUUUGAUUUACAACAAUGCUUGCCAACCCCAUUUCUUGAAACGUCUGUUGCUUUUUNACCAACUCCAUUUCUUGAAACGUCUGUUGCUUUUUAUAAAAGAUUGUAUUGGACUUAUAAUCUUUCUACACAUAAUCUGGCUACUGGUCAGGCAUCUUGUUACUUGUGGCACGAAACAAUUGCUCGAAGAGGUGCUAACGAAAUAGCAUCAUAUCACUCGCUAAUAGAAAAACAGAAGAAACAUUCCGCACUUCAAAUUGCACAUCCAAGAGACUGGGCUACACUUAUAAGCUGUACAAACAAAAAGAAACCUUUUCUUGUGCAUGAAAUGGAUCAGGAACAUUUUUUUAAUUUUGAAAAAUUAUUGAAAGGACCUUUAGUAGUACGCAAAAAAGAUGAAAAUGGAAAUAAAUUUGUUUGGCAUGAUGUUGCCUGGUUGCAAUAUAGAAGUAGUAACAUUGGUACAUUAUACUACAAAACAAGUUUAUCUGAAGAUGAACCGUUUAAAAUAGUAAAUCUAAAAAGAAGAGGCCGUGUAAAUAAUUUUACAUUGCAAAAAAUGUAUAAUUCACCAGUUCCAAUAUCUAAAGAAAAAAAAAGAGAUCUACUCCAACUUCUCCCGUUAAUACCAAAUAUUUACCAUGAUUUUUAUAAAAAUUUGAAUAGUGAUUCUACUGAGAAACAAGAUUAUGAUCCAGAUCUUGAUGAAGAUUUGUCUAUUGAUAAUGAUGAUUAA